UCCAACGCUCAGUUUUGCCAAGGAGAACCUGCGAGGGAGCACAAAGGCAUUUUCCUGUGCAGACUCAGCGCAGUGUGCGCAUUUCUUGCAUGUUGUCGGUGGUUCCUCCUUCCUGAUCCCAGAUGAUCGUCUCACAGUUUAUUGGACAUACACAAUGCCCGAGGAUUAAUUGGAUAAAUUAACUUAUUAGGGUGUAUUUUUUGGAGAUGUGACGUGGUCCCAAAACUUUUCGCCGAAAGACUUUCAUUCAUUUUCUCUGAGGGCUGAGGAAUUAUUACAACGUUUUUGGAUGUUUGUAUAGCAGAUGAGCUUUAUACUCCGGAUCUCCUGGGAUUAUACUUGUAAACGGAAGUGUUGCUGAGAUGAAGUUCUGGAUAUAACUGUUUACGCGCUACAAACUCUCCUCUAACUCGCCUUUUCUGUCUCAUACCGAGCAGACGGUGAAGUGGAUUUCCUCAGCAGAAGACAUGCUCUGAAACACAUCGCUGGCAGACUGUUAUGUGCCGAUCACUGCUCACUGUAUGUCUUCAUCUGGAAUUAAUUGAACCUCAAAUGCACUAAAAUACGCGCCAGCAGGACCGCGGCUCCACCACUGGAUCUUUAUCUUCCCCUCAGUGAGGGACAUCUCGCCAGAAUGCGGGGGACUUUCGUUCUCACUUUAGCUCUGAUUUAUCUGCUAACUUGGACAAGUGAGGCCGACAAAGAGACUCAAUUUAAGCGGGUGCAAUUACACAGACGCUCCAGACUGGGACGUGCCCAGCUGGUCGCAACGGACAAGGAGCGCCUCGUCGGACGUAGACGCCCCGGGUUCGGUUCUGCAAUCUCCGUGCACGCUUCCAGGAAGGAGGAAGAUGUGCAGGCGGACGAGGGUGUUCCAGUUUUCACCAGGACAGGGUCCGUGCAGGGCAAGAGAGCAGGAGGUCAGGGUUUUGGGCCAAGGAGAGGGGUGGCCGGACAGAUCGGCUUGACCCGCCAGCCGAACAUGCUACAAGAUGUGAGCACCACAGGAGCGAGAGCCAGGGUCACCCGGAUGCCCAACAGCGCCGGGUCACCAAACCUGCUGGCCAGCUUCGCAGGGAAGAACCGCGUCCUGGUGAUCUCGGCGCCGCAUGAUUCAGACGGCUACUACCGGAUGAUGAUGUCUCUCCUGAAAUCAGAUGUGUACUGCGAGCUCGCUGAACGGCAUGUCCACCAGGUUGUCAUGUUCCAUCAGGAGGGAGAGAAGGGUGGCAAGGUGAGGAGGAUCACCACGGAGGGGAAGGUGAUGGAGGAGCCGCUGGACACAGCUCUCAUCCCCAGACUCAUGAGCUUCCUCAAAUUGGAGAAAGGUAAGUUUGGGAUGGUGCUGCUGAAGAAGACCCUGCAGGUGCAGGAGAGGUACCCGUACCCUGUGAGGCUGGAGGCCAUGUACGAGGUGAUCGACCAGUCGCCCAUGAGGAAGCUGGAGAAGCUCAGACAGAAGGGCUUCGUCCAGAAGUGUAAAGCAGCAGGUGUGGAGGGCCAAGUGGAAGAGGGCACACUCACAGAGGCACCAGUAGAAAGAAAACCAGGGAAGAAGAUCCCAAGAAAGCCCACAACAACAACCACAGCUGCCACCACCACAACAACUACAACUACACCGCCAACCACGACUACCACCACCACCACAACUACGACCCGGCCCACUACUACUACCACAACCAAAGCAACAACAACAACCACCAAACCAACCACUACCACUACCAGAAGAACCACCACAAAAAGACCCACCACCACCCAGAGACCCACCAGAGCCCAAACCACAGCCCUGUGGUUCCCAGCCCCCAGAACAACUGCUGAUCCUCACUACGACAACCGCAGAGAGAGGGAGAGGUACCCGGCUAAAACCACCCCGGCGGGAGAGAACCGCACUGACAAGGACAACAGAGAUCCAGACAGCCGCAAGCUGGUACCUGCCACGCAUAAACCCUCCAAGAUCAAACCCACCAAGAGGAAGAACGGGGGAGAGAAGGUGUUGACGAAUGAGUACGAGGACAAGUAUGAAGCGGGCAAGCCAACCGUCAGUGAUCCGGAGGAGACAGAAACCUUCACCGACAUCAGUCCCACCAAGAAGGUCAAGGGCAAGCACGAGAAGCACGACAAGAAGAAGAAAAAGAACAACAAGGCUGCCAAGAAAGCAGAGAGGAGAGGAGGAAAGGCAGGGAAGGAGGGGAAGGUCGGAGGCAAGAAAAAUGGAAAGAAGCCGUCUAAGUACCCAGAGGAAGAGGACUACCCCAAGCCCACUAAGAAGCCAACGCCCCCUCCAAAGGGAUCUCUGGCCUCCUUCCUAGACUACUUUGAAAACAGGAGGCGGCUGCUGCUGAUUACGUCCCCCGGUGAGGAGAACACUAUGUACGUUCAGCAGCGGGACGAGUACCUGGAGUCCGUGUGUGAAAUGGCCAUCAGGAAAGUCUCCAUCAUCACCAUCUUUGGCUCCCUGACCAACUCCACCAUGAAAAUUGACCACUACCAGCUGGAACAUGACAAGCCUAUGAAGGGUCUUCGUCAGGAGGACUUGGUGAACCAGGAUCUGAUCACAGAGCUGAGGAAAGAGUUUGGCAUGACCCAUGACGACUUCUACAUGGUCCUCACCGAUGCCGACAUGAGAGUCAAGCAAUCCUACGAGGUUCCCAUCGCCAUGAAGGCCGUACUGAACUACGUCGACACCUUCUCCUCCCGCAUCCGAGAGAUGGAGCAGCAGAAGAGAGACGGCGUUGUCUGCAAGAAAGAGGACAAACCCAGAUCGUUGGAGAACUUCCUCUCCAGGUUCCGUUGGAGACGUCGGCUGUUCAUCAUCUCCGCCCCCAACGACGAGGAGUGGGCCUAUCAGCAGCAGCUCUACGCCCUGACCAGCCAGGCCUGCAACCUUGGUCUGAGGCACAUCGCCGUUCUGAAGUUGACCGGCACGGAGCUGUUGGAAAUGGGCGGAGUCUUGGAACUCUAUCCUAUCAACGGGAGUGCUACUGUGGAGCGCGAAGGGCUGUCAGCCAACCUGGUGAAGGACAUAAGGAACUACUUCCAGAUCAGCGCAGAAUACUUCUCCAUGCUGCUGGUGGGGAAGGACGGCAACGUGAAGUCCUGGUACCCUUCACCCAUGUGGUCCAUGGCCAUCAUCUAUGACCUUAUAGACUCUAUGCAGCUACGCAGGCAGGAGAUGGCCAUCCAGCAGUCACUGGGUAUGCGCUGCCCCGAGGACGAGUACGGUGGAUAUGGCUACCACCAGCACGGUUAUCAGGACGGAUACCACCAGGGCUACGGUUACUAACCCCUCCCCUCUGCUUUGCAGCUGGCGCUCGGCACUGUCGGCCCUCUUCCUUUCGCCCGUAACUUUUUUUAAUCUUUCCCUCCCAUCCUCCACCAGGCAGUCGGCUCAGACAGAGUGAAGUCCUUGAAUGUUUUGUAGCACUUAGUGAAAGCCUCAAAACUGUUGCUUUCACCUAUCCAGCUCUUUGAUACAGUACAUAUAACAUAGUCUGCUGCAAGUAAAUGUAAUUUGCAAGAGGCUUCAAUCAGUCGGCUCGUCAAUAAAUGUGUAAAUGAGCCUGGAGGUUCAGAGAUCUGUUGUGGACGUUGUUUUUGUUUUUUGGAUUGGUCAUUUAUGACUUCAAACAAGUGGUUUGCACGUUAUUAUAUUACCUGUCUCCUUCACUUGCCUUCCAGGUCAAAUUUACAUUUUCAUUUCAUCAGCACACACCUUUUUAUUUUGUAGAUAAUGGGCUAAAAUAAGACAUAUAUGUAUUUAUUGGACAUCUAUUGCAUUUGAGGUGCAGUUAUCGGUUAUUUUAUGAAAAGAAGCUGUCACAUUAUUUCCCUCUUGUAAAGUUUCUGUUGCUAUACAAUGUUCUUAUUUAUACUCUAUUGUGCUAUAUGACAAAUAAACAUUUGUUUACUA